AUUUAUCAAUGCUUUUGUGUUGAUUCGGCCCUAAUGGUAAUGGAUGGAAACUUUCCUAUUCCCUUUGAAAUUGCUGCUUCAUGGGGGCCAUGAAAUUGGCAAGUCCCCGUUUUUUAUCUUCCUUUACUAAAACCCUACGGCUUCCCUCGUUCGGAAACCUCUUCAAAUCCUCGCAUCCCUCUGCUUUUCCAACCCUGCCAAACAAUACCCUGAACGGGAGACCUUUGGAUUUUCCUCACAAUAAGCGUAUCCUCUGCUUCUCCACAAGUGCUACUGUGAAAGCAACAAUGGGUGUGUCAACGCCCGCGGCAAUUCACGUUAAGGAUCAUAUUGAUCUCACGACCAAGGAAAAGAAAAUAUUCGACUGUCUUCUCCGGGUUCUCUCCCACUUCAACCUCCAAACCCAACUUCGCGUUGCUGGGGGUUGGGUUCGCGAUAAGCUGUUGGGGAAAGAAUGUUAUGAUAUCGAUAUUGCCCUUGACAAUAUGUUAGGGAGGGAGUUUUGCGAAAAAGUGAAUGAAUAUUUGUCAUUUUCCGGUGAAGAGACUCAGGGCAUUGGUGUCAUACAAUGCAAUCCAGAUCAGUCAAAGCAUUUGGAAACAGCAAGAAUGCGCCUUUUCGAUGUGUGGAUUGACUUUGUGAACUUAAGAUCAGAAGACUACAGUGAGAAUAGCCGUAUACCGACAAUGAGAUUUGGCACUGCUGAAGAGGACGCAUAUCGAAGAGACUUGACUAUCAACAGCUUGUUCUACAACAUCAAUACCAGUUCAGUUGAAGAUUUUACAAAACGAGGCAUUGAGGAUUUAAAAGCUGGGAGAAUAGUGACCCCAUUACCUCCAAAACAGACAUUUCUUGAUGAUCCCCUUCGAGUUCUUCGAGCUAUACGAUUUGGCGCAAGGUUUGAAUUUGCCUUGGAUGGAGAAUUGAAGAUUGCAGCUUCAGAUAAUGAAGUACGAUCUGCCGUUGCUGAUAAAAUUAGUAGAGAGCGAAUUGGUCAUGAGAUUGAUCUCAUGGUAUCUGGAAAUCAACCUGUGACUGCAAUAACCUACAUUUCUGAGUUGCAGUUGUUUUGGGCUGUAUUUAACCUCCCAUCUGAGGUGAAACCUUCAGAACCAGAAGCAUGUGAAAGGCUUUGUAUUGCUUACAUGGAUUCAGCAUUGAGAUUUUUGAAGUUAGUAGGCUCCUCCUUCACAGAUGACCAAUGCAGGCUCUGUCUAUAUGCUGCUUUGCUUCUGCCCUUUCGAAAUACAAGUUACAAAGACAAGAAAGGGAAAAUGAUUCCAACUGUGAGCUACAUCUUUCGCACUUCUCUUAAGUUAAAGAACAGUGAUGCAGAUGCAGUUAUUAGCCAGCAUCUUGCGGCAGAAAAUUUUUUGUGUUUGAUUCCUUUAAUCACAUCCCAUGAGGGCUCUCAAAAUGUUGAAGUAAAAUGGAAAAAGGAAACUAUUGAUGCUCCUGCAUCUGCAAAGCUCAGAAUAUUGGCUGGCUUGCUUCUGCGAGAUAUCAAAGAAUUUUGGCGCCCUGCGCUGAUGCUUUCAAUGCUAUUAUACUCUGGUACCGGUGAGGAACCACGUGUAGAGGACAUUGAAUUAAAUACGAGAAGAGACCUUUAUGAUAGGGUCGAAAAGGCAUUGGUGGAAAUGGGGUUGGAGAAAGUGUGGGAAGUGAAACCAAUAGUGAAUGGUAAAGAAAUUAUGAACAUAUUAGAGCUGAAAUCGGGAGGGCCUAUUGUGAAGGAAUGGCAAGAGAAGCUACUACAAUGGCAGCUUGCAUACCCAGAGGCCACUUCAGAGGAAUGCAUCCAAUGGAUGAACACACAAAUUCAAUCGAAACGCCCCAGGAUAGAAUAAAUGAAUAGAAGCAUAUGGCACCCGGCCUUUCUUAUUAUGUUGUGUAUUUUUUGGUGACCGAGUUAGUAUUAGAUUUGAUUAACUGUAUUAUUCAAAAUUAGUCUGUUUUAAAUUAUGUUAAUAUUUUGGUUGGUUUGACUGUUUAUUUGUAUUUUUAAAUACGUUCUUAUA